AUGUCAUCUCUUGCAGAAGCAGUUAGAAGCAUGUUGUCUCCUUCCCGCAGAAAGACAGUCAUCACCAGACUUUGUGUUUCACUGGCCAUAGCCAACAGGUACUCGAGUGAAAUCGGUCAUCUUGUUAAUGAAGUGGUUGAAAAUGGAAUGGUAGAAGAUAUAGAGCUCACAAGUGGGGUUGAGAGGACCCCGGGCGCUGUCAGUGAUGAAGAAAUGGAAAAUCACGCAAAUGCUGUGAAUGGUUUCUUUGCUCUUCUUGAAGCUGCGCCAUCCCUCGAGAUACUUGAAGUUGAGGUGUAUGACCAUCGAUGCGAGGAGGACAAGAAAGUAACUGAGACGUGUGCUGAAAGAACUAAUGCGCCAUGGGAAGUGUCAGAAUUUGCAUACCCGAAGCAUUUGCCACUGAAAGAGCUCGAAAUCAUUGGUUUCAAUGCAUCAGAAGAACAUCUAGUGUUUAUAGGAGCAGUGAUGGAGCGGGCUUCUAACUUACAGUCGGUUGUUUUGAAAGACAAGCGCUGUAAGGAAUGCGAAGCAACCAGUACAGCGUCAGUAAAACGUAAAUUUCCAGAAAAUGAAGAUGGACAAGAGCUGGUAGUGAAUAAGCUCAGAGACCGCGGUUCUCCUCCAGUGCUCAGAUAA